AUGGAUUUUUGGUCACGCAUCAUAGCCCCGUUAUCGUCGGGCGGCUCCAACAAGGAUGCCACCAGAGAUCCCAUCAGGAGACGACAGCGUUUCGAGAAGGAGUACAGCCAGUUACUGCACAUCUGGAGAAACACGUCCAACAUUGCCAAAGACGUCGAUGCCGCCGAGAACCUCGAGAUCCGACUUCAGGAGCUCACCAACAUCCUUGCCGACGAGUCCCGCCGACCACUUCCGCACCCGUGCAUUUCCUUCUCCGCCGCGAAACAGAUAUACGUACCCAUAGGCAAGAUAGCCACCACAUCCUACAACGAGUGGAUCAUCAAGGAGGCCGUCUCCUUCUUCGCCACCCUCAUCGAGAGCGAGGAGGAGGCCUUUGUCGAGAACGAAGCCUUCUCCGCAAGCUUGACCAACCUGCUCGUUCGCAUCACCGGUGCCAACAGCAUACGGCUAGCCGCAGAAACAGAAGUCAGGGUCGUCGAGUUGGCCUUUAACAUCACCACCAAGAUCAGACUAGAGCCUCAUAUUCUUCCCGCAUGGUUCAAGUCGCAUCAACAUGGCUCUGGCCCCAACCCGCAACAGGAAGACCCGAGAGCUCAGCGGGAAAAGUUUGCCGGCAAGACCCAGAAGCAAGACUUCCCCCUCUUCUACCUACUCAUGGACUACAUUCAUCAUGAAGGAAAAGUGGGAGACUUUGCUCGCACAGGUCUGCUCUACAUCAUCGAGUCGGCCUCUAACUCAGCUGCCCUGGAACAAUGGAUAGUCGAGAGUGAUCUGUCGACGCUGAUGGCAACCGGUCUCGGUGCCCUGUAUAGUCAGUUGAGCCGAAAGCUGGUUAUCGACCACCCACCACAAGAGCUGCCCCCGGUUCUUGCCCUUUCAGACUAUCAGCAUCCCUCCUCUACUUUCGAGAUCAUCAGCUCCUGCUCGCCCGAUUUCAAGUUACACUUGGACACUUUCCUAGCGCAUCUUCUCUUCUGGCAGGAUGUGCUCAACCACUGUCGGUCGACCGAGGUCAAAUCCACCCUCUUGGAACAUUUCCAGGUCAUCUUCCUACAGCAACUUUUAUAUCCGUCCCUCUUAGAAUCCUCCGACGUGGACGGCGGGUCUUCGGUCGCUGUUCUGACCUAUUUGAAGCGCAUCUUAGAAGCACUUGACCAUCCUGACAUGAUCAACUUGAUCCUCCACUAUCUGUUGGCUUUGCCCGAUGCAGACGCACCAGUCGCAGUAAGGGCGGAACCAGCAAUCAGCGCUGCUCGUAAGAGAAAGUCCAUGGACCUAGCAACCAUGAUGGAAGUUUCCAAGCUCGGCCUAGGCUACAGCCCGUUGCUCUUCAAUCUGGUCGACCUUAUCCAUUCGUGUCUAAAGUCGAAGAAUCAACAAACAGUAUGUGUAACACUGCAACUACUGGCGGUCAUCCUUAAGCGGCAUCAUCGCUAUGCAGUCAUCACUUUGUUGCAGACCGAAGGCGUGCACGGGAGUAGCAGUCACCGCACCCGUGGAGCGCACGAGCAAGAAGUUGAGUUUUUGACUACUCUUGCCGGAUCAGUUGGAGGGCAAGACAACUUCGAUGAGAUCUACGAUAACAUUGUUAAAGACACCAUGUCGCGACUAGAGGGCCAUCCCUGCUCACUCAAAUUAGUGGCGCCGAAAGUCUCGGUCAACAAUCAUAAGCUGCCUGCUAUACCAGACAGCUUACCGGGCGCACCACGGGAUGUCCCACACCAUACCUUGAGCCCGGAGGAUCCUCUGCUGAACUCUUUGCUGGACCUCCUAGAAACAUUCUUCUUGAACCCCGUCGAGACGAACUUAUCUUUAACCGAGACGAUCAUCGACCUUGGUGUUUGUGGGUAUAUUACUAUCGAAGGCUGGCUUCUGCGACAUCCUCACAAGUAUUCUUUCGAUGAUGACGAUGAGGUGCUCCCUGAACCUGUUAUUGAUUCCACGUCGGAUUCCACCUCAGAAUCGCAAAAGUUACAGGCGAUGCUAUUAUGCCGGAGGAGGCCGAGGUGGCAAACAUCGUCACUGCCCAGAGCUUUGGCGGUGCUCGAGACUGUAGCAGAUCAGGUUGUGGCUUUCAAAAACACCAUCCCGCGAUUUGAGGAGCUUUUACAGCAGCGGCGGGAAGCAUUCCAAACAGCCGACACUAUAGUGGCGAACCCAGCACCUGCACGAACGACUUCGGGGACAGGCACUCCUGCCCCAGAUCGACCGGGUCUCGAAGCAAGAGCUAGCUCACCAGCCCGGCCUGGCGGACUGGAAAGCUUCGCUCAACGCCUCUUAUCCGAACUUGGCACUCCGAGUCGAUCUGCCAGUCCCCGUGGUCGUAAAGAAUCUGGUCGCAACAUCAGUGGUUCUUCCGGCACCUCAGAAAUCACUGGCUCGACAAUAUCAAAUUCGAAGCCCAUAGCGGUACCACCAAAGCAAUUUCCCACAAACCAUCAGAGCCCAACGAGAACUGGGCUAUCAAGAUCGUUUUCCCCAGGCGGCCAAGCAACCGGACGAGAUAGCCCGGUGGCCAGUCAAAUGGCUGCUUUUGCGGCUAUUGAUCAAAGCAUUCUCUCGCGAAAAGUCAGGUUGCCGACUUUGGAGGUAGCGCCUAUUCCUUUAGACUUCGGCAAGAAGUCAAUUGCCACCAACGAGUCAGAAGUGCCGGUAGCAAAUGUUGAAGAUGUGGCACAGCCAGCUCAGGGCGAGUCGCCGCAAGAAGGCGUGGAGAUGAAAAUACCUGCGGAAGCACCGGCGGAGGCAACAGCUGAAGUAACGGUUGCGGCACCAACUGAAACGCAGACACCAACUGAAGCGGAAGAUGCGUCUGUAUCGCACGUUCUCACAAAUGUUAUCAUCUUCCAGUCUUUCUUGCUGGAGCUGGCCGCUCUGGUGCAGGUGAGGGCCGGGAUGUUCAACGAAGUGCGAUUUGUAUAG